GUCUUCUUUUUAUUUUUGUGUGAUGAUAGUUAGUCCACAAAGACAUUUCAAAUCUUUAUCAAUUCCAAGUCAGUCAACUGGAAUAGACAUUGGUUCCCCAACUUGCCAAAUUCACAUACUUCUCCCUCUUUAUAAUUCAUAUCUCAAAGGUGCAUAUGAACAACAAGGUAUUAUUUGGUUACCGAUAAUACAAAUUCAACAGUAGUAUAUAUAUAGCAAAAUGAUGACUUUUAAGUCGACCUUUCUACUAUGCUUUGCUAUCAAAAUGUUGGUCUACAACUGCCUUCCAAUAGCAACAACAGUUGCUCUUUCUUUGAGUUCAGAGACUGAUAAGCUUGCUUUGCUUGCUUUAAAAGAAAAACUUACAAACGGUGUACCGGAUGCUCUGCCAUCAUGGAAUGAGUCUUUACAUUUCUGUGAAUGGCAGGGUGUUACAUGUGGUCGCCGUCACAUGAGAGUCUCUGCUUUGCGUUUGACAAAUCAAACAUUGGGUGGUAUUCUUGGACCAUCUUUGGGAAAUCUAACAUUUCUCAGGGAGCUCAACCUUACAAACAUCAACUUGCAUGGUGAAAUUCCAAAGCAAAUUGGUCGUUUGAAGCGGUUGCAACUUCUAAACUUAAAAAACAACAAGCUUCAAGGAGAGAUUCCUAUAGAGCUUAGUAACUGCACAAAUAUCAAGGUAAUUAAUUUGCUGCAAAAUCAACUCACAGGAAGAGUUCCCACAUGGUUUGAAUCAAUGAAGAAACUUACUAGAUUGUUUCUUGGUACCAAUAAUCUAGUUGGUACUAUUCCAUCUUCCCUGAAAAAUCUUUCAUCACUCCAAAGGUUGUCACUUACAGAAAAUCACUUGGAAGGAAGGAUACCUUAUUCAUUGGGUAGGUUGUCGAGUUUGAUACUAUUGUAUCUAGCUUCAAAUGAUUUGUCAGGUGAAAUUCCUCAUUCUCUUUACAACCUAUCAAAUAUUAAAUAUUUUGAUAUCGGGGAAAACGAGUUAUUUGGUAGUCUUCCAUCAAAUUUGAAUCUUGUUUUUCCCAACCUUGUAGACUUCAUGGUAGGAGAAAACCAAAUAACUGGAAAUUUUCCAUCUUCAAUAUCCAACCUCACUAAAAUCGAAAGAGUUUUUAUAGGAGAAAAUUAUUUUCAUGGGCCAAUACCUAUUACUUUGGGCCGAUUAAAUAAACUUGAAUUGCUUAUUAUUAGCGUAAAUAAUUUUGGGAGUGGAGGGGUUCUCGAUUUGGACUUUCUUUCCUCGUUAAUCAAUUGUACUCGAUUGUCAAAACUAGAGUUUCAUCAAAAUAAUUUAGGUGGUGAAUUGCCGGAACUUAUAGGAAACUUUUCUACCCAACUUAGUUGGCUUGACAUGGGGGAUAAUCAAAUAUAUGGAGUGAUACCGGAAAGUAUUGGACAACUUAUCGGUUUAACUUACUUAGGCUUUGAAAACAAUUCAUUUGAGGGAAUAAUUCCAUAUUCAAUUGGAAACCUUAAUAAUCUAGUAAGUUUGAGCUUUCAAGAAAACAAAUUAUCUGGUAAUAUUCCUAUAAGUAUAGGCAAUCUUACUAUGUUGUCUGAACUAUAUUUGAAUAAAAAUAAAUUAGAAGGUAGCAUUCCAUUUAACCUGAGAUAUUGCACCCAACUACAAAUAUUAAGAAUUUCUGAUAACAAAUUGAGUGGUGAUAUACCCAAUCAAACAUUUGGCUAUCUAAGUGGUUUAAUAGGUCUUGACCUGUCUAGCAACUCCUUAACUGGCACCAUUCCUUCAGAGUUUAGUAGCUUGAAACAUCUUUCAGUAUUGUAUUUACACUCAAAUAAAUUGUCUGGUGAAAUACCAAAUGAACUUGGCGCUUGUUUGUCAAUAACAGAUUUAUAUUUAGAGAGAAAUUUCUUUCAUGGAAAUAUACCUUUGUUCUUGGCCUCCUCUUUGAAGUCCCUUGAAAACUUAAACCUUUCUAGAAAUAAUCUCUCGAGCAUAAUCCCUCGUGACCUAGAAAAUCUAACAUUUUUGAAUACCAUGGACUUGUCGUUUAACAAUCUAUAUGGAGAGGUUCCCUCAGGAGGUGUGUUUAGCAAUGUAUCAACCAUUUUUCUAACUGGAAAUAAGAACCUUUGUGGAGGAAUACCUCAAUUGAAGCUUCCUCCAUGUUUUGAUUUGCCCUCCAAGAAACACAGAAAACAUCUCAAAAAGAAACUUAUCAUCAUCGGUGUAAUUGGUGUGGGUUUGAUUUCUUUCAUAGCUUUUAUAAUUGUCCAUUUUCUCACGAGAAAGCCCAAAAGGUUACCGUCUUCACCAUCUUUGCAAAAUGAGAACUUGAGGGUUACUUAUGGCGAACUACAUGAAGCAACCAAUGGAUUUUCUGCAUCUAACUUGGUAGGAACCGGAAGCUUUGGAUCUGUUUACAAAGGAUCACUUCUCCACUUUGAAAGACCUAUUGUUGUAAAGGUGUUGAAUCUUCAAACACGUGGAGCAGCAAAGAGUUUCAUGGCAGAAUGCAAGGCUCUAGGAAAGAUGAAGCACCGAAAUCUUCUAAAGAUAUUAACUUGUUGUUCAAGUAUUGAUUAUAAUGGCGAAGAUUUCAAGGCUAUUGUGUUUGACUUCAUGCCUAAUGGGAGUCUAGAAAACUUGUUGCAUGAUAUUGAAGGGUCUGAAAAUCAUAAUCUCAACUUCACACAAAGGGUAGACAUUGCUCUUGAUGUAGCCCAUGCACUUGAUUAUCUUCACAAUGGUACAGAUCAAGUUCUAGUUCACUGUGAUGUUAAGCCAAGCAAUGUUCUUCUCGAUGAUGACAUUGUAGCCCACUUGGGAGACUUUGGCUUAGCUAGGCUCAUUCUUGGAGCCACGGGACAUUCAAGUAAAGAUCAAGUUAAUUCAUCUACAAUUAAGGGAACUAUAGGAUACCUUCCUCCUGAGUAUGGAGCAGGUGGUCCAGUAUCACCAGAGGGAGAUAUCUACAGCUAUGGAAUUUUGCUGUUGGAAAUGCUCACUGGAAAGAAGCCAACAAAUAACAUGUUUUAUGAGAAUCUAAGUCUACAUAAAUUUUGUAAGAUGAAAAUUUCAGAAGACAUUCUUGACAUAGUGGAUUCAUGUUUGCUUAUUCCAUUUGCCGAAGAUCAGACACGGGUUGUGGAAAACAACACUAAACAAUGUCUAAUGAUGUUUGCUGAAAUAGGAGUUGCAUGUUCUGAAGAAUUUCCUUCUCAAAGAAUGCUCAUAAAAGAUGUUAUAGUGAAGUUGCUUGCAAUUAAACAGAAGUUGUCUUGCUAAGCACUAUGUCUUACUAAUGGUGUUCACGUAUGUAUGCUAGACAAGUCUUGUAGUCCUCACGUGUGUUUUCAUUUUACUGUGAUAUAUACGUAGUGGGAUAAUAAUUUGUGUUUGUAUUUGGUUGCAUUAUAUAAUACAUAUGGUAUUGUAUUAAAAUGUCAUUUGGUAUACAAGAGAUUGUGAGGGAACUUUGGUUCAAGAAAUUAAAGCUUUAAAAUAAUAUUUUUAUCAAUUUAAUAAAAAAAAAAUAAAGUGAUAUUUUAUUGUUGUGAAAUUAUUAUUUUUCAACAAUAUUUAUACAUAAAAAAUAAAUAGAGAAAAUAAUUUGAUUAAUACUCAACUUUUUUGACGCAAUUAAUACUCAACUUAAAAAUAUGAAUGUAAUAAUCUACAAAAAAAAAAA